GAUGACUGUAUAAGCUUUGCUUCUCCCAUUUACUUAUGCGGAGGUCACGGGAUGGUUGUGCUGUUGUACUCAAGCAAUGUGGUCGCCCACACGGCUGCAUUUCAUUCCCCGGUUCACCGCUGACCGCUCGAGUCACGCCAGCACCUUCCGUUUGUGGCACUGCAGGCAUGAUGUCACAAAAGCUAUGAGCCUGGGCAUCACUGUUACCAAAGCGGCAUGCCACACUCCUUCCAAAGUCAUCACUCAAGUCGAAGUUGGCACGCAGUGCAGCUUGCCUCUGGCUGACAAGUCUAACGGGUGCUCCUUGAAAGCAUGGAGCGUGUCAAGGAGCACGCAGACUAUGGAGGUUGUGGAUCAAUCAAGCUGCAGCUCAGGCUAUGUGAUGAAGGCGUACCAUGAGG